UCCUGUCUGUAGCAAAUGGAUCUUAUUUGUGACGGUUUUAUCAUACCACAAAGAUGGAUUUUGGGGAUAAUGGGUUUCUUUGCUAUCAUGAAUGCGUACAUGUUUCGCGUUGUCCUCUCGGUAGCAAUUACUGCCAUGGUUAAUCCAUCCAAUCAUAAUAAAACGGGUAUAACUGGAGAAGUAUGUCCAGAUCCUGGCAUAAAUUACACUGCACCACGUGUAACCUUUCUGAUAAAUGAUAAGUACAACUGGAAUGAAGAAACUCAAGGAAUCAUUCUUAGCAGUUUUUACUGGGGUUACGUGGUUACUCAUAUACCAGGUGCGAUUUUAUCUGAAUAUUUUGGUGGAAAACACUCCCUUGGAUUAGGAAUACUAUCAACCGCAAUAUUUACUUUGCUAACCCCUUUCGUUGUAAGAUCUGGUAAUUGGCCUUGGUUGGUUGUGUUUAGGGUGCUUGUAGGGAUAGGUGAAGGAUUUACGUUUCCUGCUUUAACGGCUCUAUUAAGUAGCUGGGUUCCAUCUUCGGAAAGGUCUAGAAUCGCAACUUUGUCUUAUUCGGGAGUUCAAAUCGGAACUGUACUCGGGAAUUCGUUAAGUGGACUUUUCAUAUCUUCUACCAAUACUUGGGCUUCACCAUUCUAUGUCUUUGGAGGGAUUGGGAUUAUAUGGUUCGUGAUUUACUCCCUCAUUUGCUACUCCAGCCCAGAGAGCCAUCCAUUCAUAAGCGACAAAGAGAAAGCAUUUCUUGAAAAAGAAAUAGAAAAGGAUUCAAAGAAAAAUAAGAAAAUACCAUGGAAACACUUACUGACAUCGUGGCCGCUAUGGGCACUGAUCCUGGCUCAAAUUGGCCAUGAUUGGGGACUUUUCGCAAUGGUGACCGAUCUCCCUAAGUAUAUGAAGGAUGUACUCAAGUUUAAUGUCAAACAAAGUGGACUCUGGUCUUCCUUACCUUACAUUGCAAUGUGGAUUGUCUCUAUAACGUCAGGAUGGUUAUGCGAUUGGCUUAUAAAUAGAGGAAUCAUUGGAAUAAACUUUGCAAGAAAAUUUUUCUCAACUCUCGGAGCAUUGGGUCCAGGAAUAUUCCUGGUGAUGGCAUCUUACGCAGGUUGUGACCGGUUAUUAGCCGUAGCCUACUUUACCAUAGGAAUGGGUACAAUGGGUUUCUACUAUUGCGGAAUAAGAGUAAACGCUCUUGACUUGUCACCUAAUUAUGCAGGAAUAGUUAUGGCAUUUGUAAAUGGUGUGGGUGCAGUAAGUGGAAUGAUCACUCCCUACCUUAUUGGAGCCCUCACGACCAACCAAACAAUAUCCGAGUGGAGAAUAGUCUUUUGGUUGACCUUAGCAGUAUUGCUCAUCACAGACGUAACAUUUAUAUUUUUCGGUAGCGGGAAAGUACAAGCAUGGGAUUCCAAAAUAGAAAAGAAUGUCGUUAAAGUAGAUCCUACUUCCAAGGCAGAUUUUUAUAAUAAUUGUGAAGAAAUACAAACUAAGACUGAAAAACUUUAGUUCAUAUGUAUUUAGGAAUAGUUUUAUUAAAUAAUAAAGUGAUUAUUGUAAAUUAACAAAGCAAAAUGAAAAUGGUCGUACCUACUCAAAUUCCAUAAAUGGGAUUAAAAAUUGGAUACGCAUACCAACGUUAAACAAUUGGUGUUGAGUGCAUACCUAAUACUAUUUUUGAAAUUGUAGGUGUCAAUACUUGUUUUUUACUUUAAUAAUUUUAGCAUAUGUACAACAAAUGUAAAUAUAGUAAAUAUAUAGACAAAAAUCACUACAAAAACAU